AUGCAAAAGAAGAAGCUUAAUGCCAGCUGCUUGAAUCCUCAAAAGAAGAAGCGUGAUAAAGGUGGUGGUACAAAGAGGUGUGGUUGCCCAUUUCGCUUGAAGGGCAAAAAUGUUGGUCCUAGGGAUGAGUGGAUCCUUGAGGUUGUAAAUGGGAUGCAUAACCAUCAUGCUGCAACGUAUCCUGAAGGGCAUUCCUAUUUGGGGCGAUUAACCAAGGAAGAAAAUAAUUUGUUGGUUGAUAUGUCAAAAAACCUGGUAAAUCCAAAAGAAAUAUUAUACACUUUAAAGCAAAAUGAUCCACUCAAUUUAAGCACUAUGAAGACAAUCUACAAUGCUCGACAUAUUCAAAGGGUAAUUGAAAAAGCUAGAAUGUCAGAGAUGCAAAUACUUCUAAACAAUUUGCAGAAAUACAAUUAUGUGGAAUGGCAUAGGAUUUAUGGCACAGAGAACAUUGUGAGUGACUUGUUUUGGACUCAUCCUGAUAGCGUAAAUCUGCUACGUGCAUUUCCUUAUGUUUUAAUAAUGGAUGCCACAUACAAGACAAAUAAGUUUCGAUAUGCAUUGUUAGAGAUUGUGGGGGUGACAUCUACAGAGUUAACAUUCCAUGAUGCAUUUGUGUAA